GCCAGCCCCUCCUCUACUACCGUGAAACGACGCGAAAAUCUUAUUAACCACGUGAAUAUAUAAGCGAACAAGUUCUUUCCACGCUUUUCAGUUAUCCGCAUCCAGAGGAAUGGUUUUAUUUCAUAGCAUACGAUGCAGUUUGGAUAUUUCCGCCUUGUCACGGAUUUCCCGCAGAAUUAAUUUUCUGUAAUAUCUUGGUGAAUUUAUUUUAAAGACUUCACAAGGCGAAACGGGAAUUGCACAGGAAGGUGUUCAAGGUUUCCCAGAAACUUAAGGGCUGUUGAGAAGUUGACAGAUCACAGUUUUGACAAUCACUCUUUCAGUCUGUCGUACAUACUGGACGAAGAGGCAGGAAGGGACGGGGGUGUAAGACCCCAGGUCCAACGAGGGGCAUCUAAAAUGGGGACAGGAAAUCAUGAGCAGAAGUUUGAUCAGCCAGGGGCCAUGGGACGCCCCAAGGGGCCCAGGCAUCGUCAGCAAGAGCUGCCUUUACGAAUCCUAGUGCCCACUCAGUUUGUGGGAGCCAUCAUUGGGAAAGAAGGACUCACCAUAAAGAACAUCACAGAGCAGACACAGUCCAAGGUAAAUAUCCAUCGUAAGGAGAAUGCAGGAGCAACUGAGAAGUCCAUCACUAUCCACUCAUCUGAAGAGGGCUGUUCACAAGCCUGCAGGAUGAUCCUGGAAAUAAUGGAAAAAGAGGCCAAUGACACCAAGACUGUUGAGGAGGUUCCUCUAAAGAUCCUGGCAGACAAUAGCCUUGUUGGGAGGCUCAUAGGGAAGGAGGGAAGGAACCUGAAGAAGAUAGAGCAAGAUACUGAGACCAAGAUCACUAUUUCUUCAAUACAAGACCUGACUAUAUAUAACCAGGAACGUACCAUCACAGUGAGAGGAGGGGUGGAGGAGUGCUGUAAUGCAGAAGUGGAGAUCAUGAAGAAACUUCGAGAAGCCCAUGAGCAUGAUGUGGCUUCACUUAAUCAGCAGACUAACAUGAUGCCAGGUCUAAACAUGAGCCCAUUGGGGAUCUUCUCCUCUGGAUUGUCUGGUCUCCCCUCAGCCUCUGGUCUGAGAGGAUCUGACUACAGCCCCCUGCUGGGCCCCCCGUCAGUAUUGGGUAGUAUGUACGGGGUUCCCUCCUCUGGAGCAUUCUCUCAUCAGCAAACAACUGCUGAACAGGAAUUGGUCUACCUCUUCGUUCCCACUCCAGCAGUAGGAGCUCUAAUCGGGAAGAAAGGGCAGCACAUUAGAGAACUGGCACACUACGCUGGAGCCUCAAUAAAAAUUGCUGAACCAGACAAUCCUGAUGAUCCUGAGAGGAUGGUCAUCAUCACUGGACCACCAGGCGCUCAGUUCAAGGCGCAGGGGAGAAUAUAUGGGAAGUUGAAAGAGGAGAAUUUUUUCACAGCUAACGAAGAUGUGAAGUUAGAGGCACAUAUAAAAGUGCCUUUGACUGCCGCUGGACGAGUCAUCGGGAAGGGUGGCAAAAUGGUCAAUGAGCUGAAGAAUCUUUCCAGUGCUGAGGUCAUUGUACCACGGGACCAGACCGCAGAUGAAAAUGAUGAAGUGUCUGUUAAGAUAAUUGGACAUUUCUAUGCCAGUCAGACGGCCCAGCGCAAGAUAAGGGAGAUCGUUCAACAGGUCAAACAGCAAGAGCGGAAACAACAGCAAACGGUGCCCACACCCGCUCAACCGUCAGAAUGAUCAGCAGAUGCCAACAAGCAGCAGCUAAUGAAUGUAGCUCAUGUGAGGACAAAUCGACAUUCAAGAAAUAUUUCAAGAAAUUAACAAAGGGAGAGUGAGACAGAGCGGGAAACAGAGAGAGACAGAAGCUGAUGAAGAGGACCAGCGGUUUAAAACAACCAAACAACUUAAAGCACAAAAAAUCAUAUCCAUUUGGGAAGUGUGGAUAUGAAUGAAGAUGUUCGAGUUUGUUACCAGGUCAGAGACUGACCUGAUAUUUCAUAUUGAGCACUUUUUAUUAUUGAUUAAGCUGUGCACUACAUCUACUAAUUUAUUAAGAGCAAAUGUUAAAAAGAUUUUAAAAACCAUUCCAAAUGUUUAUUCAACACAAUUUUCUUUGGAAACUCAUUUCAGGCUAUUUAAUGUGAGUAAUCAGAUUUGUUUGUUAAUCUUCUCUAGUAACUAAAUAGUAAAGCAUUAUAACUAAAAGCAUUAAGUGAUCUCAUAAAGGAACAUAAAUGUAUAAGGCUGCUAGCUGUGUGCCAGCAUUUCACUUCCAGUUCUUCUUUACCACUGCUGAGUCCCAGCUUUUCUCCUCUGCUUGCUGCCCUUUUCUCUCUUCUUUAAAAAACAAGUUGUUUUUUUUUGUUUCCUUGUUCCUGACUUAUUCAUCACACAAAAUAAGAGCUGUCUGUGUGCCAACUUAAAAAAAAAGUACAGUCUCUAAACAGAGGUAGCUCUAGAUUCUUACUUUGGGAAUAUAAUGUUGAUAUCCUGUACUGCCCAUGUAUCAUAUUACACGCUCUUAAUAUUACCUUACACUUACCAUUCAAAAGUUUGAGUUUUUUAAAUAUAUUUUCAAAUUUUCUGAUCAAAAGUGACUAAUGACAUUUCUAAUGUUGCAAAAUAUUCCUAUUUAAAAAAAAAAUUUUUUUUACUUUUCUAAUCAUCAAAGAAUCCUGAAAUGAACAUUGUUUUCACAUAAUAAAAAUAUGAAGCAUCUCAACUGAUUUCAACAUUGAUAAUAAUACGUUUCUUGAGCAGUAAAUCAGCUGCUCAAUUAAAUGCAGGCUUGGUGAAAAAGACUUCAUUCAAAAACAUUAACCAAUCUUUCCAUCCCUGAACUUUUGAAUGGUAGUGUACGCACAUAGAAAGGUAUGUGUGUUUUUUUUAUGAUGUUCAGUAUAUAGGAGACAUGCACAAAGUACAAUGAAUUAAAUAUUGGUUUCAGUAUUUCUUGACUGAUCAAAUGCAAGCAGCCAGCACUGCAGUACAGUACAGUCAUAGAGUGUAACAUUGAUAUUAAGCAACUGAUAAAUUCAUGAUUGAGUCCAUGCUGCUUUGUGUGAAGCAGUACAAUAUAACAUUCUACCUCAAGAACAGGGUACCUCAGUCUGAAUUUGUAUACCUUAUAAAGCUCUCAAACAUUGAGCAUUUUGUAUUUUUCUAAAUAAAAAAAAAACAUGAAGAGAAAAAAAGGUUUAGUGCAAGGCACCAACACGGCCUGCUUGUUCUUGCAAAAGGUUUCAGGACAUGAAACCUCAGAAACCGAUUGUUGCUUUAUGAACCGUUUGACUUAAAUGAGCUCUUGAGGUCAAUACAACUCUUGGGCAACUGAACAUUUGUGUUGAUGGUACUUUGUUUCUCACAGUUUAUGUUUGUACUGAAAUAAUCAUCUUGAGAGAUACUGUAUAUAGUGUCUAUAAGAAUACAGCUGAAUCCAACUAUAUGCAGUGUUCUUCAACUUGUAUAGGGACAUUUAGAAGACAUUAUCUUUGUUAUUCUGUUUCAAAUGGCUUGGUAAUUUGUCUGUGUUGGAGGUCAUAUCAAAUGAGAUGGCCAAUAACAAGUCAGUUUUGCAUUUUAUUUUAACCGUGUUUGUGUGAGGUUUUAGUAUAGGAAUAAUCAACACUGCUGAAUAUUAGCAUAAUGACAUUAGACACGUUUAGAUUUGAUCUUUUCAAUUUGAGAAUCUGUAGUACAUUUUUGCUGUGUCAAAUGAGAGGGAUGUCCAGCGGUCUCUACUCAUAUCAUUUACAAAGACAAAAUGUACAUGAACCCUGAUUUUUGGCGUAUAACUUCUGUUGCUGUCUCUGUGGGUUUUUUUUCUUUACAUUCUACCAUGUUUCUAUAUGUCUUUAUUGACCACUUGUACCGUUAAUACUUCUGGGUGUUUGAUAAGCCUGUCCCUUUAAUCCUUAUUUGAGAUGGGCUUCUGAUAUAAACUUUGUAAUGACAUCACACAAUGUAAAAAUGGGUAAACGAACUAAUUUCAGAUCUGGGCUAAAGAGGGACAUAUUCCACUGGUGAACUAUGGGCUCUAGUCAAGUGUGGGGGAGUUUAGGGAAAAUGAGAAUACACAAUCAUGAAUACACAUCUGUUUUUAUGUUUUCUGGGAGGGUCUCACUAUACUUUUCACAUGGAUAUGAGCAAUAAAGAGUCUUUAAAACAA